AUGGAACGACCCCGCCCGCUCCAAGGCUUGCCCUACGCCAUGGCUCGUCACUCAGCGGCGUUACUGCUGCUUUUCUUUUGCGCCACGACCUUUGGCGGCUCCCGGGCCAACGUCCACGAACGACUCGGCAUCAACCAGAGCGCCCCCGCAAACGGGAGACUGUCUCUGAGUGUCGCGUCAUGUCCAGGCUACGCACUGAGUGGCGUGGCCACGAAAAAGAACGGGUUUUCGGCGAAGCUUGGCCUCGCUGGACCCGCCUGCAACGCCUUUGGCGUCGACGUCAAGGAUCUGACGUUGGAGGUUACAUACGAGACGGAGUCGCGGUUGCAUGUCAACAUCUUCGACACCGCCAACUCGCAGUUCACCAUCCCCGCCUCGGUCUUCGAGCCGCCAAAACCCUCAGGCUCCGUGACCUCAAAAACCUCGGACCUUGUUUUUAACUACAACAAGUCUCCGUUCGAGUUCUGGAUCACCCGCCGCACCGACCCGCACGCUGCGCCGUUAUUCGACACGCGAAAGUCUUCUCUCCCGCCGACACCCAUACCGGCAGUUAUCCCCACAGACAACUCGACAGCUUUGGAAGCAUUCCCAUUGGUUUUCGAGAACCAAUACCUCCAGCUCACAUCUGCCCUUCCCCUUGACGCAAACGUCUACGGAUUGGGAGAAGUCAUCGCAAGCAGCGGUCUACGAAGGGAUGUCGGCACGAACGGCGGUGUUGGUACAAUUCAAAACAUGUGGAGUCGCGACAUCGCCGACCCCGUCGACGAGAACGAAUACGGGGUUCAUCCCAUCUACAUGGAGCACCGCUUUAACGCGACCUCUUCUACUUCAUCCACACACGGGGUGUUCCUGCUUUCCGCCAACGGCGCCGACAUUCUGCUCCUGACACCGCCGUCGUCCAACACGUCGCUCGUGCAGUACCGCAUGAUUGGCGGCACCUUCGACUUCUACUUCUUCUCCGGACCCACACCCACGGAUGUCAUGCAGCAGUACGCCGCACUGGUCGGAACGCCGACCUGGCAGCCGUAUUGGGGAUUCGGCUUCCACCUCUGUCGCUGGGGCUACUCCAGCCUCGAUGUCCUCAAAGACGUCGUCAAGUCCAUGCGGGACGCGAACAUCCCGCUCGAGACGAUGUGGAGCGAUAUUGACCUAUAUCAUGCCGUUCGGGACUUCACCUCCGAUCCGGUUAGCUUCCCAGGCGAGGGGAUGCGGCAGUUCAUCCGCAGCUUGAAAGCGAAUAAUCAGCACUACAUCCCGAUCGUUGACGCAGCUAUUGCGAAAGAGGUUAACAGCUCGGACCACUAUAAUUCAUACUCGAAAGGCGCCGAGCUCGACGUCUUUAUCAAGAACCCCGACGGCAGCGAAUACGUCGGGCAGGUCUGGCCCGGCUACACUGUCUUCCCCGACUGGUUUGCGCCAAAAGCGCUCGCGUGGUGGACUGAGGCGCUCGGUAACUGGUCCAAGGAGGGUGUUGAAUACAGCGGCAUUUGGCUCGACAUGAACGAGGCCAGCUCGUUCUGCGACGGUUCUUGCGGAACUGGUAUCGAUAUCAGCAACACCUCUGUCCCUUUCAUCCUCCCCGGCGAACCAGGUAACCUUGUCACGGACUACCCGGAGGGCUACAACAGCACCAUCUCGGGGCCGAGCGGUAACAUAACCGUGAAUGGAACCCUCACAUACGGUGCAUCGGCGUCAGCAAAUGGUCUGUCUGUCCGCGGAAUCGGCGCAGGAAAGCAGAGUGGCAUCGAGGUCAAUACCCCGCCGUAUGCGAUCCAUAACGGCAACGGCCGUCUUUCCUUACAUGCGCUUGCCACAAACGCGACCCACCAAGGCGGCUACCUCGAGCUCGAUGUCCACAGCCUGUGGGGCACGAUGGAGGCGAUCGCCACGCACAAGGCGCUCAAGACGCUGUUCCCCAAGGAGCGCCCCUUCAUCAUCUCGCGGUCUGCCUUCGCCUCCGCGGGCAAGUGGACCGGCCAUUGGCUCGGGGACAAUUUCAGCACAUGGAAGUCGAUGUACUACUCGAUCCAGGGCAUCCUGCAGCACCAGAUGUUCCAGAUCCCGAUGGUCGGCGCCGACACGUGUGGCUUCGUGGGGAACACGGACGAGGAGUUGUGCUCGCGGUGGAUGCAGUUGGCGGCGUUUACGCCUUUCUACAGGAACCAUAACAUCAAGGGUGCCAUCUCUCAGGAGCCGUAUCGCUGGGACUCGGUCGCGAAUGCAUCACGGACCGCGAUUGCGGUGCGAUACUCGCUUUUACCAUAUUGGUACUCGUUAUUCGCGAAUGCUUCGCUAGACGGUACUCCUCCAGUCCGGGCCUUGUUCUGGGAGUACCCUAACCAGCCGGAACUCUUUGCUGUUGACAGACAAUUCCUCAUCGGACGAGACAUUCUUGUCACGCCCGUCCUGACACCAAAUGUGUCCACCGUCGAUGGCAUCUUCCCCGGCAAGGGCAAGUCCGUCUGGCGCGACUGGUACACCCACGACGUCGUCAACGCCUCCAUCACCGGCAACACCACGCUUUCCGCGCCGCUCGGCCACAUCCCGGUCCAUGUCCGGGACGGUGCUGCGAUCCUGCUGCAUCAGAAGCCGGCGUACACGGUGGAGGAGACGCGCCAGGGCCCGUAUGCGCUGCUCGUCACGCUGUCGGGGUCCGGCGCGAAGCAGAGCGCCUCGGGCAGCGCUUACGUGGACGACGGCGCGUCGGACCCGCCCGGCCCGGCUCGCGUCCUCUCGUUUGCGGCGCGCACCGGCAGCGUGCGCAUCGGCGGGACGGGCAAGUACAAAAUCUCACAGAAGCUGGCGCAGGUGACGGUCCUGGGCGUGGCGAAGAAGCCGCGGGAGGUUAGUGUGGACGGCAAGAAGGCCAAGUUUGAGUGGACAGCGAGGCAGCAGCGGCUGGUCGUCAGCGGGCUGAGCGUGGAUCUGAAUAAGGCGACGACGGUGGAGUGGGAGUAG